GUUGCGCUUACUGAAAUCUAGUAUUUCAAAAAGAAUAAUACCAUCAUGUCGUUAAGACUUUUAUUUUGCUUUUUUAUGUUUCAAAUAGCUACAUCUUUGGCUGUACAUUCUGAAAUAUUAAAAAAUAAAAAUUCAUUGACUCAGAUUCUUAUCAAUAUGGCUUAUGAUUUAUUAAAUAAUUUACCGAUUAAUGAAUUUGUAAAGAAACAAAAGUUGUAUGACAAGGAAUGGAAAUAUUUUUAUGAAAACACAUUAAAUAAAAAGGUUAAAGAUUUUAAUCGAAAUAUACAGUUGAAGGAAGACAUUUCUAUUGCCAAAGAAGCUCUUGUUAUAAAAGAGGAAAUUAACAAAAAAAUAGUCGAAAUUAUCAAAAGAGAAGAUCAAACCUUAGGAGAUUUAUUAAAUCAUCUUCUUGACAAAAUACAUGAAAUCAAUCAGGUUUCAGUUGAUAAUCAUAUUAUAUAGUUAUGAUAUUACGAUAUCACAUCAUAACUAUAC